AUGUCAAUUACCUAUUCAUAUCUAUCUCAAAAAAUUAUAGAUAGUGAAGCUCCUUCUGAAGAAAUAUUAGAUACGUUAUCAGCUCAACAAAAAAUAGAAGUUUUAAAAUUAUGUUAUAAUUCACAACGAAAAUUACUUAACAAGUUACUAGAGGAAAAAAGAAUCGAGCAAGCUAUUAUAGAAAUACCUACUAUACAACCACCUAAACGGGAUAAAAAUCAAUCAUCAAAAAUUAAACUUUGGGAGCUUUGCCCUUGGUUACCAAAAACUUAUUUUGCAAACAUUAAAGCUGAUUUUACUCCACAUAUCAGAGCAAAUAAAAUUGUAUAUAACAAACAUAAAGUUCAAAUUGGGUCUAACAAAUGGAUUGUACAAGAAUGUCUUAAGCAAAAAUUAAUGGAUAGAGCUGAUAAUUUUCGACGAAAGCAAUACAAAAAGCAAAAUAUUAAAUCUAAUGUGCAAAUUGGAAGUAAUGUUCAAGAAUUUGAAUUACGAAGACUUUCUACUUAUUAUAAUAAAGAGAAUACAAAUUUAGCAUAUGCAUCUGAUAUAGAAUCUGAUGAUAGUAAUCAUGAAGCAAAUACUUCAAAUUUAAAAUAUCUUACUGCUGAAUUACAUAAAAAUUAUGAUCAUAGUAGUAAUGAUAAGGAAAUAGCUAAAACUAAUGAUGAAGAAGAG